AUGCAGACCAACAAGAUGGUCCGUAAAAACGCGCAUACCUGGCAGUUCGAGGAGCGCGACGCCCUUGAGAUCCUUUACAAGGAGUACGACUUCGACAACGGCAACGAGGUAGAUGCGCAUAGCAUUUUUACCCACCUGUUUCCGAYGACAGGCUUUGCGUUGACUCGCAUUCGCGACGAAUGGCGUGGCCGCUUCAAGACCGGCCGCAACAAGAACUGGGCCGCCAUGCACUCGAAAACAAGUCUAAACAUGUACACUAUCCAGGAGCAGACUCGUCGUGCGGCUGUACGUGUCCGCAUUGUUCAGGCCGCUGCGACUUUGGCACCGCAAAUCACACUGGCACCCAUCGCCAGGGUGACUGCGUUACAUAAUGUCGCGCGCGCGACUGCUGGCCUUGCUGGUCCUGGUGCAGCCGCUCCCGCCAUGCCCCCACCCGCGCCAGCACCAGUACCAGCACCUCCCCAGACCGCUCCCGCAACGGUCGUUCAGGCAGACGACCUAAGCAACAUUGUGGUCGCAUCGUCUCGAAAGCGUUCCGCAGAUGCUCCUCCAAAAAGCUCGACAGGACCAGCAAAGCGUCCUCGAACCUCAGCACAUCAGCUGAAUCGACCAAGCAAAGAGGAGGUCAUCAAGCAACGACAAGCUCGGAGCUCCCAUCAGCCUGUCGAUCACGAGAACUCGCCACGAGGCGCUACUGUUGCCGCCGCUGUCCAGGGUGCUCGGCAGUUGUUUCUCUCUGCAAGGACAGACCGAGACCAAGCACACCAGCCAGCGGAUCAGCUUCCAGUGUUCGCACAACCCUCUGACUUGCUUGAUUCCCAACACAAGGACCAUAUAGAGGCGUCACGCGAUGACAGUAACGUGCGCAACAAGCCGCGCGGGCAUCGCACGGCUCUCACGCAUCCAGCAACUGGGUCUGUCGCCGGUAGGCAGCUUGGUCUCGGAAGACCAACAGUCAGCACCGGCAACUCGGAGACACAUUCUGCCUCUCAACCACAAAGCAGUGGUGGAGCCCAUAUUGACAAGGUCGUUGGCAAGACGACAGGCGGUAGAGCGAUUGUCGUGGCGGGUCCGGAUGUCGAGCCUGUUCCCAGGCCGAACUUCCGUCACCUUCAGGCAAGACCAUCAAAGAUGAACAUGGUCCACUAUUCUCUGCUCUGCAUGGUCUCGCUCAACGGCAUCGAUCAAGAAGUCGUCGGAUGCUAUGUUCAAGAUCGUCAGGCCAUGGUGCCAUACGACAGCAAGACGUACCAACGCAAAGGCGUCGUUGCUGAGAUCUGGUUCAAGUCCACGGCGAACGAGAUCACCCACUGGCAACACGAAGCCUGUAUGAUCUGUAACUUUGAGGCCUGCACGUUCUGUAAGAGGAAACUCGACGAACCUCUCGUCUGGCAUUCUGAGCGGACGUUAACCUUACCAUUCGUGCACGAGAAGCACUGCGUUCCAGUCGACGACGGUGUCAUGGUCUUUAAGCCCGACGGUGACCUUCCCCAUGGCAGAGUUGAGGGCGUGGUCGUGAAAGCUAGUACGAAUGACCAAAGACUCGACAAGCAGGCUUGGUACGUCCCGGAACGCCUCACAGACGAGGUCAUCCAAGUCGAGGAACACCAGGAGAAGGUGAAGAUGUGCGUCGCGGAGGAUUGUGACGUGUGCAGCGAUGAGACGGAAUCCGAGGUCGGCUCUGAGCUCGAGCUCUCCAGUGUCGCUAGCGAUGAAGGGGACAGUGACGUUGGAGACGAUGGCGCCGAGGACCCGCAGUAUAGUUCUGGCGAGCUCAAUGGAGCCGGCAAUCUAGACGACACCUCCACGAAGCACAAUGACGCCGAGCACCAGGAGCAUAACUCUCCAGAACAGGACGAUGCUGAGAACCGAGGGCAUGAGUCUAAUGGCCACAGCAAUGGCACACACCAGGGGAGYCAAUCAUCUCAAGACAGCACCGCUGAACACCAGGAGCACAACGCCUCGUAUGCGACCCCUGCACCUAACCAAGCGCUAGUUGGAGGUCCUGCGCUACGCCAUUUUCUGAUCACAUCCGGAAAGAUGAACAUGGUUCAUCGCUCGCUUAUACGCGUGAUCAUCGACAGUACGACCGAUGAACCACAGAUUCAUUGCACGAAAGCCGGCAACAAGUGCACUAUAGACUUCGACGACAAGGCCUAUAAGCACGGUGGUCCGAUUGGUGACGUGUGGUUUCCAAACUUCGACUCCGAGAGGAAGGUUCAAAAAGUCCACAAGUGGUGGAUCGUCGAGCCUUGUAUGGUGUGUGAUCCGAGAGUUUGUGCUUUCUGCGACGAAGGUAGCGACAAUGCUCUCACGGAUGAGCUCGGUGCAACUGAGGGUCUGGGUCUUGUCCAUCGCAAAGACUGCGAUGUGGACAGUGAUGGGCAGUUGGUGUUCAAAGCACACGGCCCCUGGAAGGUCUUUGAUCGGAACGUUACCCACAGUCUCAAUCCGAGACCUUGGAAGCCCGCUUCUUUGCCCGCUUUGGUGGAAGAAAAGACCGUGAAGUUCACCCGGCACGCGGACAAAGUAAUGGUUUGUGUGCGCGACCAUUGCGAGGUUUGCAAGAAGCACGACGAACUCAGGGUCGUUGAAUCGGUCUCGGGCGGAGAUGACGUUACGGCGGAGGCGCACACAAAGCAUGGCGACACCGAGAUGCAAAACAAGUAUAUUGAGGAGCAGGAAGAUGCUAGUUCGAAGGACUUCGCCGCACGAUAUCCCUUCGACGAUGAGUAG